CUUGCUCAAAUUCGCUGUCUCAAAUUCAGCGUCUAAAAAUUCGCUGUAAAAGUGGCGAGGUGACUUCAGGUCACAGACAUUAGCAAUGGAUGUCAGAUUCCAGGACCCAGCUAAUCACGUGACGCAACCGUCAUAUUGAAGAAAUACCAGCGUCACCCAGGCUGGCGACCAUGGAGGCGUAAUGCUUUCAUAUUUCUGUAGUAUAUUUUAUUUUGCGCAUGAAGUUUGAUACAUUAUCUUAAAGCUUGAUUUAAAACACGGUUUUGGGCCGUUGUUAAUCUUACACCAUGUAGUGCUAGCAUAUUACCUCUAGCUACCUCCUAGCCCCCCCAGCCCCUCCCCGCUGCCCCACACCCAAUUUACCCCGUUUUAUUUCAAAAAGAAAUACCACUUGCGCCAAGUCUAGAAUCUUGAAAGAGAACUGAUGGGUGGCGACUUUCUGGGUUGUUUGAUUGUUGUCUUAGGUGAGACUGAGACAGGCAGUCUUAGUAAAGUGUAAUUUUUCAGGAGAUGCUACCGCUAAUGUACUAAGCUAAUAUGGCUGCUGCCUUGUGUGCUUCAAGGAGGGGCUGUGAUAACUCACAAUCCAGUUUUAAUCUUAGCUCAAAAUUCAAACAGUUGAAUUGCAUGCAUGUUUGUGUGUUCUCUCUGUGUAGUCUAGCUCUAUCUCAACAUGUGGCUCUAGAACUGAUGUGGAUUUUAAUAAAAAGUAAAACUGUCUUGAAUGUUUCCAGUUACUUUAGUCUUACAAAACAUACUAAGUUAUCCAUAAGUUGCGGACGUAUGGUAAAUUAGAAUUGAAAAUGUGAUUGUGGCUUUGUUCUCUUCCACAGCCACACCACCUGAACUGAAAGAAAUGAUGAGAUUCUGGACCGGAUGGGAAAAUCUGCCGUCGAGUCUGUCUGUGGAGAUUGUUCAUGGAAACUACCCAACAGCUGCCACUUGCUACUGCAGGAGUUACAAAUCUUUCAGUGUCUUACGUUCAUCUAGACUGCCAUGCCUGCAUUGGAGGUGAUCUGCAGCCUGAUUGGCUGGCUGUGCCUCUACCUGUUGUUCUGCUCCACCUUCUCUCACCGAGGGCCCGAGUGGAACUGCCGCCUGGUCACCUUGACCCAUGGCGUCAUCAUAGUGCUGCUGACGGCAUACGUUGUGUUUGUUGACGGUCCCUGGCCCUUCACACAUGCAGGUACAGAAAACACUGACCUCCAGAUAUUUGCCCUGGCAGUCUGCCUCGGCUACUUCUUCUUUGACCUGGGUUGGUGCGUGUGCUACCGGAGCGAGGGCCCAGUCAUGCUGGCGCAUCACGCCGCCAGCAUCGUGGGCAUCCUCCUGGCGCUGCUGAUGGGCGUGUCGGGCUGUGAGACCUGCGGGGUGAUCUUCGGCAGCGAGAUCACCAACCCGCUGCUGCAGAGCCGCUGGUUCCUCCGCCAGCUGGGACUCUACGACAGCCUGCUGGGCGACGCCGUGGACCUGCUCUUCAUCCUGCUGUUCGCCGCGGUGCGCGUCGGCCUGGGGACCGUCAUGUUUUAUUGCGAGCUCACUUCGCCCAGGACUUUGCUGAUAAUGAAGCUUGGCGGCGUGGUCAUGUAUCUGCUGGCCUGGGUGUUCAUGGUGGACAUCGCCAGGUUCGGCUACAAGAAGACCAGGGCCAAAUACAGGAAGUGGAUGGUGAACCGCGAGCUCAAAGAGACAAGCGAAGAAAAACCAGUUGGGCACGAAGAGUGAUUGAGAAGACUAACUCAACCGCUUUCACAUGUUUUUAACAGACGCUCCAUGAAUUUAUUUAUUUUAUCUGCGGUACAGUGGACUGCAACAUUUUUAAAGUCUGUGUAAAAACAAUUCUGAAAAACCUUGAUAAGUACAUUUAUUUUGCAAACUAAAUAAUGAUCUGACAGCGAGCAGAGCAUGCGCAUUAAGAGGUCCGACCUUUAGAGGAACUGCCAGCAGGGGGCGCAACUACAUACAUACUUUCCGAGGUGUAUGCGAACAUGUCAUCGCCCCCCCUGCUCCCUGACAUAAACUUGUAUAACUCAUUUUUAAUUAAAGUAUCAAUAAUAAUAAUUGUACAUAUAUGUGAAUAAAUUGUUGCCCUCAGGGCAAUUAAAAAAGAAUGAAACAAAAAACAGGGCAAUAUUUCAUAAUUUAAUAUAUAUUUGAGCCAAAGAGCCACUUCUGUUAGCCUGUGUCUAGAACCGCCUGUGAGCUGCAGGUCUGAGGCUUUUUGUUAGCAUGUUUUCUAUCAUUCUUAUAGCUUCAUAGGAAGCCUGAUCCAAACUGGCAACCCACAUUAAUAAAAUGGUGAAAUAAUAUUGACCACAAAACAAGGAGGGUUAGGGUGAGAACUGUCCAUAUAGUACCGUGGAAGAAAUGUUUGAAGGCUUGUGCAUGAAUCAAGAUGUAUUUGAAUCAGCAUAUAAACGAUUUAGUAGGAAUGGUGUUGAAAAGGCAAAUUAAAGAAAUCUGGAUUCAUCCAUAUAGUAGACCGCUGUUAAAAGCUUGGAAUGCAAAUAUUGAUAUCCAAUAUUGUGUUGAUGCAUAUGCAUGUUGUGUUUAUAUUGUAUCUUACAUGUCAAAGAUUUAACGUGAAAUUGGUUUUCUUCUAGGAAAUGGACAGAAAGAGAAGCAGCCAAAGAAGGAAAUGUUUGUGCUAAAGAAGCUUUAAAGAGAUUUGGUAGAGUCUAUUUGCAUAACCGUGAUGUUUGUGCUCAGGAAGCAGUGUAUAGACUCACCAACAUGCAUUUAAAGGAGUGUUCUCGGAGCGUUAUUUUUAUUCCAACUGGUGAUAAUAUUGUGAAAAUGAGUUUUCCCAUUUCUGUUUUGAGACAAAAGCUAGAUCACAGGAUCUUACCCCAAAAGACAUGUGGAUGACUGAGAUAGUCGACCGCUAUAAGAAUAGGCCGAAUGAUAAUGUGUUUAAUAAUAGGUGCCUGGUUAAGUUUGCUUCAGAUUAUAGCGUUUUGACAAAAAAUGAGAAAUGUAGAAAUGCAAUAAAGUUGAAUAAUGAC